AGAGCGUGAUGCUGCAGAUCGCGGCCACUGAGCUGGAGAAGGAGGAGAGCCGCAAGGAGACGGAGAAGCAGAACUACCUGUCGGAGCACUGCCCCCCGCUGCACAUGCCCAGCUCCACGGCGGAGCUGCAGGUACCCCCCGCCCCCUGGGGGUCAGGGCCCUGCGGCUCCUGCCCAGCCCUCGCUCCCCUGCAGCUGGAGGACAUGAACCAGAAGCUGUUCGACCUCAGAGGCAAGUUCAAGAGGCCGCCGCUGAGGAGGGUGCGCAUGUCGGCCGACGCCAUGCUGAAGGCGCUGCUGGGCUCGAAGCACAAGGUGUGCAUGGACCUGCGGGCCAACCUGAAGCAGGUCAAGAAGGAGGACACGGAGAAGGAGCGGGACCUGCGGGACGUCGGCGACUGGAGGAAGAACAUCGAGGAGAAGUCCGGCAUGGAGGGCCGGAAGAAGAUGUUCGAGUCCGAGUCCUAGGCUGCCCGCUGU